AUGAUUUCUAUUCAUUAUUUACUAACACUUUUGGUUACCAUUCAACUCAGCUUAUAUGGUUCUAACUCCUUUGUAUUAGGCUUAAAGAAGAUCUGUACAUUGUGUAAUGGGCCCUCAGGGGAACCCAAGGGCCACAGAGGUGAACAUUUAUCAGGAGAGGAGAUCACAUCCAUGUUGGCAUUAGGUGAACCCUGUGGGGUUUACACUCUACCUUGUACUCAGGGUCUUCGGUGUAUCCAUCCUCUUGGAGAGCAAAGCCCCCUUCAGGCACUGCUUCAGGGACGAGGGGUCUGCAAAAACAUCAAAAGUACCUUUACUGACAUCCAUCCACCUACAGACUAUCAUCCAUCAACCACUGAAAACAAUGAAAAGGGUCCUUGUCGCAAACUGCUAAGCACAGUCCUCCAAAGUAUAGAGCUCACGAUUAUUCAUUCAAUUCCGGACAUCUACAUCCCCAACUGUGACAGACAAGGGUUCUUCAGGAGGAAACAGUGUUGGUCAUCAAGAGGAAUGCAAAGAGGCUACUGCUGGUGUGUUGACGAGAAAGGAUCAACAAUUUCAUCCCGUAAAAAGAGUGACGGAACUAUCGCAUGUAACAGUGCCUGA